UUCGGUGAUUUUUUUAUUGAACUGCGGAAAGGUUACAUGAAUUUGGCCCCAAAUAUUUUUUUUUGUGGAAAAAAACAAACAGAUUCUGAUCGAUUUGAGGAUCAUGUUUUAUGUUAAUGGGUUGAUUGAUAACACAUCGGAGAAACGAUGACGCAAUUUUGAUGAUUGUUUACUGGUGAUAAUAACACCGUUCGUCGUUAAUUUCAACCACGAAACCGAAGGCAAUCACUCGGGAUACCACAAUGAUGAACAGUCUCAUGAAUGUUGUCUCUGAACUUCUGGUGCUUGAACCUACGAAUCCGGGUUAUGGAUUUGAAGCAUUGUACAGAGAAGACUGUUUUGUGGAGUAAUCAAAGCCGAUUCCUAAUUUUACCAGUCAUGUCGGGCGACCUCAAUGGAAAAGUCAUUGUGAUUAUGGGCGUCAGUGGAGUCGGGAAAUCCACAGUUGGUGAGAUGCUAGCUAGGGCUAUACAUUCUGAUUUUCUUGAUGCUGAUGAUUUCCAUCCUCCAUCAAACAAAGAUAAGAUGGGCCGAGGCAUUCCUCUCUCUGAUGAAGACAGAAUCCCGUGGCUAGAAACGAUACGUGAGAGUCUAAGAAAGCGUUUACUCGAUGGAGAAACAGUGGCUCUUGGUUGUUCUUCCUUGAAGAAGCAGUACCGAGAAAUUCUUAGAGCCGCUGACCCUGAUUAUAACCCGGGAAGCAAUUCCAGCUCCAAGGUGAGGUUUGUUUUGUUGGAAGCAAAUGAAGAGGUGAUCGCUGCUCGGUUAGAGAAGAGAGCUGCCGAGGGAAAACAUUUCAUGCCUCCCACUCUUCUUCGGUCUCAGCUUGAUUUGCUCGAGGUUGAUGAGAACGAAGGGAUAUUCAAAAUCAACGCGGUUCUUAGCCCUGAUGUUAUUGUCAACAGGAUAGUCGAACUGACUUCUCUUUCCGCAGAUUCCUUGAAGCAGAUUGAAGAUAGGAUCUGAAUUGAGUUUAAUGGGGGUUGAAACUUGAACAUAUAUUUACAUUCUGUGCAUACAUUUGUUUCUUAAUCAUGCGUUCAUGAAGAAUGAAUAUGAAAGGAAGCUGUUUUCCUUCUAAGAA